CUCCAUGCCCUCACUUCGCUAUCUUUCAAAUCCCGGAGAAACGCCGAGGAUUCUCUUUGGAGGGUUCUCUCUUUCCUGGUCGGAAGCUAUCCGCCGUCCAUCCUCGUUGCAUUUAACAAUUUCUUGUAAUUUCUCGAGGGGCAUAGAAGAUUGGAAGGUUGCUUUAUCCUGCCGCACAUUUCAUGGAAAAUUUGUAUCCCGCAUAAUGUUAAAAUGGACGGGAGGUUCUAGGAGGAAGGUGGCCACUUCAAGGAAAUCAACAUAUAGCAGGCAGAAACAAUACUUUGAACAAAGGAAGAGACAAAGGCAGGCCUCUGGUCAAGAAAACUGUGCUAACAGAAGUGACAGGAAAGUCCUACGCAAUGCUGAAUCUCAAUCAUUAGAUAUCCUCAACUUGAUAAAUUUGGCUGUAACUUCUCAACCAGCUAGCACAGAGCUCCCUGCGUCAGUGGAUUGCCAUGCUGUCAACAUUUCAGAUGUUAGUUUGUUGGGAAAAUUUACCAGCAGUUAUUCAACAGUUGUUGAAACAAGAUUGGAGGAAGUGACAAAUUCUUCUAAUAGGUUGAUAUCUUUUUGCUUGUUUUUUGUCACCAAAAGAUGUGCCGGCCAAGUGAAUAAAUGUAAGAUGGCAGGGUCCAUUCCAGAGCAUACUUCCAGCUGGAAGGAGGACACAUUCAUUGAGAAAAAGGAAAAUCCUCAAAUUGAGGCUACUGUUCUUGAUAUACUUGGUGAUGACGAGCCAUAUUCAAAUGGAAGAUUAAUUCCUGAGUCACAUGUAGCACUUUCAGUGGAUGGUCUUGGAAAAAUAGGGAGUCAAACUCCUACUCAUUCACCAAGAAUGCAGAAUAGAUUCUCCUGCAAGGGCUUUUAUAUGGCUUCAAAAGCCCCAAGGAAAGUUCGCUCAACAUCACCGCAAGUGUCCGCUGAUAAUGACUGUAAUGAGGAACUGAAUGAUAUGAUUGAUGACUUCGGGGUUUCACCCUUAUGCAAUAAGAGUGCCAAAUUGGCUUAUAAUGAUGCUAAAAUAACUCAUAAAUCAAGAGUGGCACUAGCGUCUCCAUAUUCCCAUGAGGAUCAAGGCGAAGAAAAAUCAAUUAAGGGAAAAGGUUUAGAUGCAUGCUUAUUAGUCUCAAAUGAGAAGCAUUCAAUAGAUAGCUUUGGAUAUUUGGGAAAGCAAUUCAUUGAGGAUAGCUAUGAUGCGGCAUCACAUAAUAAUAGAUUUUCUUUUGUGGGAUAUCCAUUCCUGAACCCAACCACUAAGAAGUUUGAAAAAAUUGAGCAAUCUGACAUAGGUGUUAGAGAUACCUUUUUCGGCAGCAGCAGAAAUUUGUGGGAAGGGGAUGAAAUAUUUGAGGCUUCGGCAACGUCUACUCCUUAUUUUAUGCACUCAACACCAGAAAAAGAGGGCAGCCCAUCGUUUAUCUGGGAAAGUGCUGAUGGGAUGUUGAAGCCACCGACAUGGAGCUUUUUAUCAACAGAAGAUUCUCAAGAUAACUUAAAUAUAUUAAGUGAAGAUUUAAGCUCAUCAGCCACAGUGAGGAAGAAAAACAAUCUCAAUUUCGAUACACAUCCAAUGGGACUUGGGGAAAACAAAAGAAACCCUAGUGAUAAGUUUCAAUGGAAUUCCGUGGGAAUGUUUUCUCAAGGUGAAAAUAUAUUCACAGGGUUAGAUGAUGCAAUCUGGGGAAAAAAACAAAACAGCAGCUCUGCAUUUGAGAGGACAGAUGAUGAUAACAUAUUUAUAUCCAAUCCCUUCAGCAGCUACAGAAUGAGAAGUACUUCAACUUCUGGUUAUGAAGCGAUGUUUCAAGAUGAACAUUUCGAUCCAUUCCCCACGUCCAAGUUCAAUUUUAAAAUUCCUUCUGAGCGUGAUGCUACCAAUGAUUUCAUCGAUCAGAAUGAAAUGUUUAGAAAAAAUACAUCUUUUGAGUUCGAUUUACAUAUGCCAAUGAAGCCUACAACAAAAGCUAAAUGUCUUGGUCGAUUUUCUUCAAGUGGUGGAGACUUCUUCAAAGAUCGUCUGCCCAAGUAUCAGGAAUAUAAUGAAGAUAGAGGCAGUUCUGGGAAGCCACAGCCAAAGGAUUAUGAAAAGAGAUCCACGUCUUCAGGAAAUGCUGAAAGCGCCGCAGAGGCAGAAAUUUUAAGCAAAGUUACUGAAAAUGAGGAAUCAAAAAAUAAAUGUCCACAUCCUUCGGAUAGUCAAAGAAUUGAAAAUUCUGUUGAGCAAACUGAAGCAAUUCCAACUGUGAUGGAAGAACUUCCUACUCAGAUACAGAACUAUGUUCAUAGUAAACUCGUUAGAUUGAUGAAGUUAUUACCGUGCUCCAUUCUGUUUCCAGUAAUCAAUUUCAAGGAAAUUCACCAGUACCAUCCCAUCCAAGCAACGAAGAAUCUAAAUCGACUUUUGAUCCUGAAAUCAAGAAAGAACAGAGUGAAUGUGGCGGUAAUGGUGAUGCAUCUUAUCAGGUCAUGCUUCAAAGUUAUGUGCUUCAACUUUUAUGCGUGCAAAAGGUACUCUUGGAAGCUUCUGGAAAGGAUAUAAAGAAGGAAAGACCCUGUAGAUGGAUAUAAGAGAUGCUGGAGAAAUUAAAUACAACGCCGCAUCUCGUAGCUUUGGUCUUAGGCAUCGUGAUGAGUAUCCGAAUAUGAUUUUUUUUUCCCGAUAGCAACACAUAAGUGCUCAAAUCCAGCGCCACAACACCAUAUGAUCCAACACAUUUACGCCAUUGAAGAUAUGAGAAGAAGAAAAAUCAAAGAACACAAAGUUCAAAGCUAAAUAUUCAGAGCCUCAACUUCAUCGUUUAAUGUCAUCUUCUAGAGUUCCACAUGGCCAUUGCCACCAAAAUAAUUUAUCAUAAAAUAGGGAGUUCAAUGUCUGACCUUGAGCACCAUAGUCCCAAGCCCAGAGCUGCAGUUCCAUAACCACAAAACUGCGGUGCGACAACCGCAAUAGAAACAAUUAUUAAAGUUUAAAAUUUGGUGUUGUGAUCAGUUGACUCGUGUAGACACUUGUAAGUUGUCAUAGAGAGUGUCUAGUGGUCAUAGUGUUUGUAUACUAAGGUAGUGCACGUAUUGGGUGUUGGGGAGUGAGAAGAAGAUUAAG